AUGGUAUCUGCAUCUACAGCCGAUUCUAAAGACGUUGAUUCUGUCGGUAGCCCCAACUGUAACAACGUUACCAAAGUUGAGGUUAGUGGUGACGGUGGUGAGUUUGUUAUUUUAGGACACAAAAAGUACUACAGACAUGAGAUUAUGGCGGUCCUUGCACAAAAUUCUCAAUCACUGAGUAGCAAAUUUGCAACCUCAACUCCAUUAGGGUUGAGCGCCUUUGCCGUGACUACUUUAGUGUUAAGUUUGUACUUAUUGCAAGCUCGCGGUAUUAAAACCAUCAAUGUUGCUGUUUCAUUGGCUACCUUCUAUGGUGGCGUAGUUCAAACAAUCGCUGGUAUUUGGGUUACUAACCGAGUUACAUUAGUUUUUACGGCAUUGACAUCGUACGGAGCAUUCUGGUUAUCGUUUGCUGCGAUAAACAUUCCCACUUUUGGUAUUCUAGCAGCCUAUCAAAAAGAUAUGACUCAGCUUUCCAGUGCUUUGGCAUUUUAUUUGAUUUCUUGGGCAAUUCUUAGCUUUAUCUUUACAUUGCUUACCAUCAAGAGUACGGUUAUAUUAAGUGUGUUUUUCCUUUGUCUUACAGCACUUUUUUCGUUGUUGUCUGCAUCUUAUUUUGUUGGCUCAGUUGCAUUAGCAAAGGCUGCUGGAGCUUUUGGUGUAGUUGCAGUUGUUGCCGCACUUUAUGAAACUGUCGCCUUAUUGGCAACUAAACAAAAUUCAUACUUCACAAUUCCUGUGAUUCCAUUGCCAGGAAGUGAGGCAAAACAGAACAAAUAG